UACGUUCUUACGUUACAUUUGACGUUAAUUUACAAAGCGAUCGUUUAAAACAGUGAAUAUCGAGUAAGUGAUUUUCUUUAUUUAAAGAGGAAAACAAAUAUCGUUUAUACGUGUCUUAACUAUCAGUAAUAAAGUCAAUUUUAACUGAUACAGACGAGUAAAUACACUCUAGUUGUUUUUGCGAAAAAGUAACAUUUUCAUCGUAAAAGUAUCACAAAACAACGAUAUUCGCUGAAAUAUAUUAUUGACAAAAACAGAGAGGACAAAUAUUUUUAUUCUUGAGAUGACAAACAAUAAGUGAUCAAGAACAUAAUUAUUAUUCAGAAGGAUAGUAGCCGUUUACGUCUGUCGGAUUACGUACAGUUGUGAAAAGGUCACGUUACGACAACAAGCCUUACGCACGAACAUUACAUCACCGUCAGAUACAAAAAUGCACAACGACAGCAUAGGAGAGGUGCCACAUUGUCACGAGUGUGACGAGAUGACCAGGAUCGAUGGAAUAAAUUGGUUUCCAGGACUUUUUGCCAAAAUCGUAUCGCUGACAACGCUUUCUGUAUUGACAACAACAGCAAACAUUGUGUUACUGUACGUUAGUUGUCAGACAAAGUCUCUGGUAGCCAACACCAAAGUCUUCUUCGCAAGCCUCUGUAUCGCGCACUUGAUCGGAAGCCUGGUGGUCAUCCCAUUCUGGAUUGUAACAAGCCUUUCCCCGGAUUUCGCUCAGAAUUCCAACAUGUUCUGCCAAUUCGCUUCGUUUUUCUGGAUUCUCAUGAUCUUAGCGUCAUUCUAUUCGCUCUCAGCGCUUUCAUUGGACAGAUUCUUUAUCAUUUCAAACCCUAUGCGGUACCCCGUGAGAGCGACAACUCAUCGAAAGCUGGCUGUGGUAGCGCUGUUGUGGCUUAUCUGUAUUCUCGUCGCCGCAGCGCCAGUGAUCGGAUGGGGAGAUUAUACCUUCAUGCCCGAUGCUAUUCCUUUGUGUGGACUGGAUAUGAAGGGAUCCUUGCCAUUUACAGUAUUUCUUAUCUCUGCUGGAUUUGGACUACCUAUUGUAGUGGACAUUUUCUGUUGUGGUCGAAUAAUUUCGAUUGCCCGCAAACAAUCACGUUCAAUGGACUCAAGAAAGAGUUCAGACGGUUCGUCUUCGUCAACGUCAAGCAUCAGCUCGUCGGGGUCCGUCUUGCAACCGUCGGCGAAGCUCAGCAAACUGAAGCAGAAACUCAACUCGCUUAGACUUGUAUUCGCAGGCACAGGAAGCUUUCUGGUAUGUUGGUUGCCCUACCUGUGUGCCCAUAUCUGGAUGACCACUGUUCGCAACAUCAGCCAUGCCGAGGAGUCCAUGCCCUAUAUUCUGGAGUUCGUCGUCAUGUGCGUGGCACUCCUCAAUGGCCUCAUUAACCCUGUCGUCCUCAUGCUGAGCAACCGAGACCACAGGCGUGAAAUCCGCACCGUGCUCUCCCGUCGGUUCGGGAUCCUCGGAUCUUCGAGUGAGGAUACGUGGGAGCCUGAUACCGACUCCCUGUCACUCCAAACCAGGAGAAUUCAACAAAGAACGUCCAGCUUGUCACAGACCUUUCAUACUCUUCAGGAAAUAAAGAUAGAUGUUUCGCUCCGGCCAGCUGAGGAUCAGCAACUCAGGAAGAAAGAUAGUAGUUCUACAAUAGAUUCAAACGAAGGGCAGUCACAAUCUGAAGUUCUGGACUUAAGCAAAUUGCAACCUAGUGUUGCUGCAAAUAAGCAAGAAGUAAAAAGACUUAUGUCUCAGUCAAGUAUAAGCAGCAUAGACAAUGAUCAAACGGUACAAGUGAAGGUGGAAUACCAUGUUUCAAUGGACAAAUUUGAAAAACUACGGAGAAGUUCAGUGGAACCUAACAACAACAUUGAAGACCCGGGUAUCGUUAUCAAAUGAGAGAUACGGGUAGACCUAUCGGAUCAAAUUCCUAAUGUGUUUCGAAAAAGACGCGAUCAGACAUUUCAAGCGGUCGGACCGCAAGCAAGCCCUAGAGAAGACGUCCAUCGUUCAAGGUUUUCGGUCAGGCAGAAGUGUGGUGGAAGGGAGGAGUGGAGAAGCUGAUACCUGGAGUUAACACACCUGGCAAACCUGGCCGUGUGGAAAAAUGUAUGGAAAAUUUUCGUACUGGUCGGUGUUAGAGGAAGGAAGUAAAACUGUCUCGCGCAGUUUGUAAUAAAGGUUGAUGUAUCCAUAGGGAGGACAUGGUCGUAACGUGAUCACUAGCGGACACAGAGGAUGGGGGAAAUAAGUUCGCACCCACUUAAAUUGUCCCUUUCAUGUCAAAAUUGUAAAAAAACAUUAUGCAUAAAUUAGACCAAAAUGCACCAUCAAAGAUUAAAAAUAGCAAGUGUUCGUGAGGGAGAGAACGUAAACCUCUCUUAAGAAGAGCUUAUUUGGUGGUUCCUGGGUAAGGAUGCGCACGCCCCAUUGUGCGCCCAAUAAAGUGCGCCCCCACUUACGCCAAAUCCUUGAACCGCCCCUUGUGAUUGAUCUUGUUGCAUUUGCUUGUAGUUACAACGCCACGUUAUGGCCAUUAACAGGUUGACGUUAUUAUUACCAACAUGAAAUAAGCUGUUUUGAAAUCAUGUCGUAAAUGCUGUUGAACUUCAUGCACUACAAAAUUCAACUUGUAGCUUGAUUGGAAGUUAAAGUAAAAUGUAAUUAUUGACUUGGAUUUGUGAUCUAGUAACUUAACCUCUUGCCUAUUACUCAUGAACCUCGCCUGUGAUUUGUGUUGCAAUUAUGUCCCUACUUUCUGUGAUAUG